AUGAACACAUUGUUUGACGCGUUCAUAUCAUGUAUGGUGACGGAGAUCAUGUUCAUUUCAGAACUAUUGCCGAGCACGCAAUCCACUCGCAACCUUUUCAAGUUCAAUUUUGAACUUCAACCACCACGACAGACGUUGUCCGCAUUGCUCUCCCACUAUCUGCUCAUGUCGUCAGCACCAGUUCAUCGUACACGUGCUACAAACGCCCUCAAGCAUCCUGGGCUUGUCGUUGCGUCUACUCCACGACGGACCACGGCGCAAGUGCAAGCUGACAAAAAGCGUGAGGACCUGAAGAAACAGAUGAAGGUUGACAAGAGGAAACGAGCGAUAGAGGCAGUUGCUGAGGUAGAGGCCCAGAUGGAAGAAGAAGAUGAGCAUGUGAAAGCAAAGCGCAUCACGAAGCGUGUCGCCACAGAACCUUCAGCAAAAAGCAAAGUAAAGACGAACACCUCGAAGGCACUGGCAAGUAAGAAGACGGGCAAGGGCAGUCUGACUGAGCCAGAGUCCGACCUCACUGAUCUGCCCUCCGAAGAUGAGCCACCUCCCAAGAAAUCGAAGAAGGAUUCUGGUACCAGAGUGGUCAUCGAGCAAGCUCGUCUUGAGCUUCUGCAUCACAAGCUAUCAUCAAGCGAAGAUAUUGGCUCUGAGAUGGCCACCAUUGAACAUCCAGCGGCUGCCUCUCAGAAUCAUCCGAUCAAGCUCGGUGGUUCCAUGACUGAUCCCACACUUAAGACGGACUUCUUGAAAGAUGUGUCAUUCGACAAGCUAUCGCAAGCUGAGCAUCAUAGCAAACGGCAGAACGAUCGAGUCCUUGUGCGAGAUAGAGGUUUUGCAAGCGAGUCUGAUGAAGAUAUUGAAUGCUUCGCUGCCCUGUCCAGUCCUGUGAAAGGUCCGAACACGCGGCUCACACACAAGAAUAUGAUCAAAAUAGAUGACGUUGAUGAUAUUGAUGCGACCCCAUUCGCGAAGCCAUCCGCAUUUAAGUUCAAAUCCUUUAACAGUCAAGAAGUGGCCGACGUAGAUGACACACCUCAACCCAUACGUACGCGCAAGACACGAGACACCUACGUGAACGUUGAAGAUACAGUGACAAGAGAAGCUCCCUCCGUCAUCAAGACAGAGCCGUCAGACACUGCGAUAAUGAAUCGAUUACGUCCAAGUCGUCAAGUUGGAAAAAGCAAGACGUCUGACCUGCCUGAUGGUGCAAAUACCAAUGGACGGUGGUAUCGUGUCUUUCUCCCCACUCUUCGUCGCUACGCAGGAACACUUGUGAAUCCGUGGAUCAUUAAGGAUGAAGAUUUCAUUCACGCACUUCAGAUGAUCUGGAAUGCCAUAUACGGCAAGGCGGCUUCUUAUACGGUUGUCUGCAAUGACCAUGUCUUCAAACUCGCUACGCAGCGCCUCAGUGAAUGGCGCAGUGGCUUUGGACAAACUGCUCUGCGCCUGCUCGACACCUUCUUUGCUGACGACAAGGAGAACCUCUACAACACUAUUGAGGAUCGUCGUGACUUUGCAGAGUAUAUGCUAUCCAAGCUUCGCUUCACAUACGAGCAUGCAGAAGGGAACAAUAAAGCAGAGUGGACGGGCCUUUACCAAUCUGUAUUCAUACUGCGACUGCUGGCUUAUCACUACACCCACAUGAAGGAUGCUAUCGAUGUUCCCGGUCUUACAGGUAUGCGAAGACAUGAGGAUUGUCCUAUUGGUGCGAUUGCCAUGUCCUCUGCCGCCACUUACCGUGCGCUGUUGCUAUGGGUCAAGGGCGAUAUGGCAUUGGAAAAUGGCAAGGGGAUAUUGCUCAAAAGCAUGAAUGUUGCUACCGGUGAUGCAACGAAUAGCGAAACUGCCUUCAGUGAAGCGAAGUAUGGAACGUGCACAGUCGGGUAUGCGGAGGCAGCACGAAAACUUGGUAUCAUAAAGCCGAAGAAGAUGACUCGCAUUGUCGAGCGUGCGAUGAAGAUAGCAUUCGCUGGCAAGUCCAUCGGACGAAGGGAAAUCAUCACCAUUGAUGAUUCUGAUCUCGAUUCUGACGAAGAUCCAUCAAAGCUUGUCGACCUUGGUCCUGACAGUGACGCAGAAUAG